AUUGUUGUAUAUUUUGCCUUUUAAAAUAAAACUGAACAAGUGAUAUCUGUGAACAAGAAAAGCAAGAUAAUACAACAAACGAACCUAGUAGUCUAUUAAAUCCUGACUGAUUGGCUUAGUGGCGGACUGGUUAAGUGGUUUUCUUGCUUACUGGUUUAUUGAUAUGUUUUCUUGGCAUUUUGUGGUGUAUGUGUGUUUGUUUAGCUGCAGUGUUAUCAGCUGCUGACGUAGAACAGACACACAGCCCACGCCCAGACAUAAAACAUACAGAAUCCACACACAUAAAGGGAGCAGACCAACACCCAGAGAUAGGGCACAUAGAGCCGGUCAGGCGAUGAGACAAGGAAAGAAGGAAAGAAAGAUGCAGGAAGAAGCUGACAGAAGACGGAAAGUAAGGCAGAAAAAAGAAAGGAGAGUAAACAGAGGAGGGGUUCCUUCUGCUGAGUCAACACUCUUAUCACACAUGCACACACAUAGCACUAGCUGCUGUCAGUCACAACUCUCACAUGUGUCCUCUGUAACGUAACAUCACUAUGGUAAUGUGACCAGCAGAAUCAGGUUAUUAUAGCAACAGCCACAGGGCAGGGGCCUGAAGCCCGCAUGGCUGCUGGUGGAAAGUAGAAGGAAUAGCAAACACUGCGGCCGUACACUAUUACACAAUCAUGUGUCUGUGUGUGUGUUUGUUGAAUGGUGGCAUGAAGUUUGUCCCAUUGAUAAGAGCUGCAGCUUGUGUAACAGUUCAGUGUUUCCAGUGUCCGGCUGCAGGCAGCAGCUCAGACCUCAGAGCUCUUACCUGCUGCUGUCAACUAGCCUGAUCUGUCAACUAGUUAGCCUGGAACAACUAGACUGGACUCCCCUUGGAGCCUCUUUGGAUGAUCAGAGUGCUUCUCCCAACAGAGGAGCCGUGAGGAACGGCUGCAGCUUUGAAGAUGACCUUUCACUGGGAGCGGAAGCCAACCAUCUUCAGUCCAGUAACGAUAAAACUGAAUCCUGUUUUGGUCUUGGUGCGGAUCAGAAGAGGAGUCGGUUUAAAGAAGGAGGAAGAAGUAUGAACUCCACAGGGUCAGGGAAGAGCAGCACUGUGUCCAGUGUUUCAGAGGUGUUGGAGCAGAGAGAGGAGCACCCAGAGGAGAUUCUCCUUACCCUGCGUGUGUCAGAGCUGCUGGACCUGUACGAGGAGGACCCUGAAGAAAUCCUCUUAAAUCUUGGUUUUGGUCGAGAAGAACCCGACCUAGCCUCAAGGGUUCCCUCCAGGUUCAUUAACAGCAUGUCCUCAGCCCGAGGCAUCGACAUCAAGGUUUACCUGGGAGCUCAGCUGCAGCGCAUGGAACUGGAGAACCCCAACUAUGCCCUGACUAGUCGUUUCCGUCAGAUCGAAGUCUUGACUACAGUAGCUAACGAGUUUUUCCAGCUCUACAGUCAGGUUUCUGGUCAGCCUGUCCAGCGCAUCAGCUCCAGGGACCAAGAAGGAGGAGGAGGAGGUGAAGGAGGGGAAGAUGAGCCGUCUCCUGCUCUGAAGAGGAGUAGCUCGGCUCUGAAUGCCGCCAAACUGCUCAAGAAAACCAUCAGCAAACAUAACCUACAUGUGGCCGCCUCUGAGUCACCUGAAGCACACAUACCUGACCGUCACACACAGCUCAAUGGGCACGCCUCCUCUGAUCGCACAAACACCAAUGGUCUCACACACACCGGUCCAGAACCGGAGAGUUGCAGCACUAACCCUAACCAUCAGGUGGAGACAGUCAACCAGAAACAUAACCGAAAGAAAGACAGCUGUCCUCUGGCAACGGUUGCUGAAGAAACCAGCGGGGAUGGAGAGACAGACUACAGUCCUGAACAGAGCAGCAUCAAACCAGUAUCUAGUGGGGAGCACCAGUCAGAGUCAGUGGACUUUCACUCAGCAAAUCAGAGAAUAGAUGAUCAAACGCAGGAGGUGAAAGAGGAGAAGAACCUGACCUCAACUCCAGAGAAAGCUCCUCCAACCUUGGCCCCGCUCCAGCUGGCUCAGCUUCGCACCGAAAACGCAGACUCUUUCGACAUGGAGGAGAUUCAGAGUAAUGAAGAUGAGGCUCUCCCACACAGAACUUCCAGGACCACCGAUCUGUUUAGGACAGUCAGUCAGCAGUCAGACAGCAGUGGAUUUGCUGAGGAGCCCUCAGCAGACUCCAACAGCAACCUCAAGGUGCAGGAGAGUAGUGACAGCUGUGACAGCGAGACCACGGUGACAUCACACCCCUCACAAGAUGUGGCCACACCACUCGCACUGGAUCAACCAGCGUUUGAUCUUCCGGACGGCACAGAGGAAAAGAAGGGGCCUGCUGAGGCUCAUGGGAGACGUAGCUCAAUGGGAGAGCACGAUAGGAGCUCAGAGCAGGUUCCACAGUACACAGCCCACCAGCUCCCUGGGAAUAGCCCAAUGGGAACCCAACAGGAUGAGACACAGGAUGAGAAGCGAGUUGAGAGUGUGGACCAGACUGAUCAUGAACCAGAACCACAACCAGAGAACACCCAGAGUAUGUCUGCUGCAGAACAAGAACCACAACCAGAGUUAGAACACACCCAGAGUCAGUCUGCUUCAAAAGAACCACAACACACUCCAAACGAGAAUGAAACCUCUGCAGACAGAGAUCCACCAACAGAUGGAGUGGAUGCUGAGGGCGGGGUCCAAGAAGAGCAUGCACUCUUGGCUGAUUCUGGUUCACUUUAUCCCCCUCUUUCAUCCUCUCCAGUUUUCAGUGCUCUGAAACGAGCCCAACAGAACCAGCUGAGCCGAGCAGGGCUGCGGGUUGAGCCCCAGACCAGUGAUACACCCCAAAUCCAAGGGAGAGGACGGGGACGAGGGCGAAGCAGUAUACCCCUGCAGAGGUCCUCCUCCCUGCCUUCCUCGCUUCUGUCACCCUCUAGGGUUGUGUCCUCUGUCAGGAUCCAGUUUGGACGAGGCAAGGCAUCCAGCACUCAGCCCAGAUUCUCCUUCAGAUACACCCAGGAGGCCGGAGGGGAAAAUGAAGAGAAGGAAGAGGAUGAGGAAGGAGAACAAGCCAACUGUCUGUCUACUCUGAUCAUAAACCCUGCCUCCACCUCUGUCUCUAACAACCAACAAAGACUUCCCACAGAAGCUCUUGUCCCACCCAAACCUGUGCCUCGAUAUCUGAUGCGGUCAUCCUAUUCCCUGCAGAGCUCUAGCCCUUCUCCUGAUUGGUUGCCAGGAGGCCAUGCCCACUCCUGGAGUACCCAGAGCGUUCCUGAUCUCUCCAGUCAGCAACAUACGAGUCAGUUUCAACACAACAUGCAUGCCAGUCAAAACCAGCAAAGUUGGAAUCCAGGACAGAUGGUGUUCCCUUAUCCUAACCCUAAUCUUAACCCUGCUGCUCAGUACUUAAAUCCAAGUCCCAAUCAUAGUCCCAGCCUUAACGUAAGCCCCUACCCCUUCACUUUGAACCCUCCUCCACAGUACCCCUCCCCUCUCCAGCCAUAUAUCAGUCUUCCUAACCUCCUUCACCACAACCCCUCCUUGAUUCACCAUUCUAGUCUAACCAGUCUUCACCAACCUGCAACUCCCACAGCAUCCCAGCAUGGCAGCCUCUCCAACUUGCACCAACCCUCAACUUCCACUGCUCCCUACCAUGUAAGUCUGGCAAACCUGAAUGCAGGAACACCAGUAAUGCACCACCAGGGCUAUAAUCAUCUAUACAGUCAUCAGUCACCUUGCCAUGCCACUCCUCACGGCUCGCAGUUUCCCUCACCCUAUCUCGGUUUCCAUGGGUACACCAUGAACCCAAACCUGCCAUAUGCCCAUUCUGUCACCCAGUAUCCAUCACUGGCUCCAGAACACAGCCUUCACGGAGGGGUUACUCCUCCUCCUGCCUCAGGCUUCCUUCCAGGCCUGGCCUCAACCCUCGGCUCAUGUCAUAGCCUCCACCCGACCCUCACUCCUCCUGCUCCGUCCAGCACCGAGAUGCAACUGAGGAAGGUUCUGCAUGACAUCAGAGGAACUGUUCAGAGUCUUGGCCAGAGUCAAGCCAACACUCCGGAUGUAUCCAUUGAGCACAGAACAGCUCUGCCCAAUCUCCAGUCUUUGGCUGAGUUUCAGCAGAAGAGGCGCAGUCUGAACUUGUUCCGCAGUCAGAUGAUGGACCUGGAGCUGUCAAUCAUUCGACAGCAAGCUCUGGUCUACAAUCACCUGAGCCCUGCUGACAGGCGGGAGGUGGAGCAGCUUCAGGCUCUGAGGUCAGCAGUCAGGGAGGAGCUGCAGGAGCUGGAACAACAGCUGGAGGACAGACUGAUAGAACUGACACAUCAAACACAAUACAGGGGUCUCCAUAGAGACAGCAGUAUUGACAGUCUGUCCACAGCCUCUGCACUGAGAGCCAUGGAGCCGGUGUCGGACCUCCUCAGAGAGCAGCUCUUCCUCCAAUCAGAGAUCAGCUAUGGCGGUCAUGCACCCUCCACCAACCCCUCCUCCCGAUCCUCCAGUCCAGUCCCAGGAGAAGGAGGUGAUCGCCAGCAGAGACAAGGCGUGUACCGAGCAUCAAUAAAUAUCACGCCCGUCCCUGCACCUCGACCCAACACACACACUGCGGAGGAGAGUGAGGAGGGAGGGACAGACAGACAGCGAGGAGGAGGAGGAGAGAGAGGAGAAGAAGAAGGAGAAAUACCAGAGGUGGAUGGAGCAACAGGAGGAGUCAGAGUGGAGAACCUGCAGCAGCUCAUCAGAGAGAUCCGAGAGAGUGUGGCGCAGGAGGUCAGGCGGGAGAUCUACAGUGAGCUGCUGGCUACCAUGUCUCCACAGCGAUCGCCAGUACCCACAAGGCAACACCCCUUGUAGUCAUGGGAACAGCAGAGCACCACCCUUUUCACCUUCAGCCUUUUUAACCACAGUCUGAGAAGCACCACUGUCUGUCUGCAACACUGUAUAGAUGAGUAACACUGUAUGUCUGUAACACUGGUGAUGAAAUGAGUGAAUCACCUCCAUGUGAUAAACCUCGCCCGUCCCACCUGAAGCCUGCCCUGCUGUGAGCGAGCUGAGAAGCGGAGGGUGGAGCUUCAGACAGGACACUGAGAGCGGCGACAACAUUGGAUCUAGUGUGCUGAUUUUGGAAAGCCUGUCUGGACCUUCCUGCCCAUGUGACCUUUCCCAACAAAGCCAGGCCUAAGACUACUACCACAGCCACUAAUACAUCUAGUACCACAUCUAGUGCCGCUAAGAGUGCACCAUUGGUCCCACCACUACUUGUGAUCACGUCAGGACAUUAGCAGAAGUUGUGUCCUGAUAAUAAUAAUAAUGAUGUUAAUAUGAUAAUAAUAAUAGAUAGAUAGAUAAAUAAUCAGUAAUUUGUUACUUGCACACAAACUGUCUGUUGUGAAAAACUCUUAGAGUGAUCAGGGUUAAAUGUAGUCAAUAGAAACUGUUGAGAACUUCAGAAGUUAAAGAGUUUGCCCCCCCCCCCAAAAAAAGAAAAAUAUUAAGUUAUUUAAUUCCAAAUCAUUUUAAUACUUUUCAAACUCUGAAAUUUCUGCCUGCACCGCAAUACAGCAAAGGUUAAUUGAGUUUAGUUUGUGCUGCUCACAGCAAUGAAAGAGAUACAAAAAAAUUCAAAGUAUCAUUUUUCUGAAUUCUGAAUGGCUGUCAUUUCUUCAGUAGACAGCAGCUGAACAGCAGGGACAAUGUUUCUGAAGAUGUUGCUGUUGAUUUUAAAAAGGUUAUAGCCCUGACAGUUUCAGUCCUGGUUCACUAGUCCAUAUUUGCAACUGAUUCAUUGUUGCUAAAAUUCUAAAAACAACCAUAUCUCUUUCAGACACAUUUUUUGUUGUGCAAUGGCUGUCAGUAACCUAACUAACUGAGGAGCCUUAUGGAGGAAUAGCAGUCAGAAAUGUUGUGUUAGCAUUAGUGGUAACUUAUUACAGCUCUGGUACAGCUGUAGGAGAGUGAAGAGCAAACCAUGAGGCUGACAUCUUUGUAUGGAAAUGUAGGUAGGUUAUUUGAAUCACAUGCAUUAAUAUUGUACUCGGUCGUUAAUAACGAUAACCACAUAUAGUGUGGUAAUUACAGAAUGUAAUGAUAAGUACAAAAAUUCCAUUAUCCAAGCUUUAAACCCCAUAAGUGAAAUUCCUUUAACUUCUUUUGUUUUUGGAUGGAAGCUGAAAUUUUACACGCAGAACUUUGACAAAUUAAACCAAAACGUUCUGCAUGGAGAGAUACUGCUUGUUGGAAGUGCAAUUUGGCUAAAUCAAACCUUUAGCAUGUUUCAGAGCAACACACAGGGGACCGACUGGAGAUGCAGUAAAUGCCUUAAUAAUGUGUAAUAUAUACUCUUUUGCGAAGGGGUUACAUUCCUUAAUCUUCAUUAAGAGUAGAUUCUGCUGAGGUUCCAACUGAGCUUCUAGCACUUACUCAUUCCAUGCACAUUUCACCUUAAUGGAAAAGGUUCAAAGAGGACUCUGAGGUAUACAACUAAGGGAUUAUGAUCUUACUAAUGUCAACAUUCCUCAUUCCUCCAUCAUCAUCAUCAUCAUCACCAAUAUUGUCAUUAUUUUUGUCAUUGUCCUGGUCUUGUGUUCUUGUGUUCAUCAAUUUCUGUUGUUGUCUCUGAUGUGACACUGGUGGUCAGUUCAUCAGAAAACUGCAUCACGCAAACCAUGUCAAUGUGUUUUGGUUACAAGUAUACUAACUUUCAAAGGGAAGUUAUGUUAUGUUUUUUACAGUGAAAAGCCCUGGUCCACCAGAGGUUCAUUCACACAGACGCUGUCAGUUAUUUUAGCUACUUGAGCAAAGGUCAUCAAAAGUUACUUUAGUGCUCAGAGAAUCCAAACUAUAAAUGCUACAGCAAAUAUAUGAGAAACGCUGGCUGAAGUGUACUGUUAGCAGACCUGUAGGACUGGGAUUUGACUGUUGUUGGUUAACAAAUAGCUCCAGUGCUAAAUGCUAAAUCCAAAAUGUCCUCCUUUUAUAUUCUAAUCUCUACACCUGCUCAAUAAACAAGAUAAAAGAUAGGUAGAUGAGACAACUUCAGAGUUGUAAACUGGAUUGUUUUCUGUCUUGAUUGAGCUAGGCUAGCAGCUUCCUCUUGGUUCCUCUAUUUGAGCUAAACUAGGCUAAACACUUCCUGAAUGAAAGGUUUACACAGAACGUAGGACUGAACAGUCCCAGUCAUGUCUUUGUGUGCAUGCUGUUUGGUCCUGAGCAGGUGAUGAGGCCAGUGUGUGGAUGUACUGUGGAGGUCAGGCUUAGAGGUCUGCAGCAGCAGGUUUUGGUAAGUUGUCAUGGAGACAGUGAUGAUGAUGUUGAUGAUGUUGAUGAUGAUGUGAUGGCCAGUCAGAGGGAGGAGCUUAGCCACUAUCAGCGAGUGGGCAGUGUAGUCCAAACCUUAGCUGGGUUAGCAUGUUAGCCACAUUAACAUGUUAGCUUCACAUUGUCUGAUGACAAAUCUGUGUGCAAUAAUGUGAAUAUACAUACAAUUUACUGAGACUAUUGUUAAUGAAUCAGUAAGUCACUGCUAACAUUUCAGACGUGAUCUGUCAUCCUCCACGAACAUCAGCACAAACUGCCUGCCUGCAUGUCUGUGUCAGCUGAAUCAACAGCUUGCUGGUUUUAUUUAGAGAAAUUUGAUUUUGUUUCUCUUCGUACACAAUCCACAGAACUGAUUAAUCACUGAACAAUUAAUUACAAAUUACUGAGCGUGUGUUGUGUUUAGCGUUAACGCCUGUGUGUAGUGUCUGACUUGUUCCUCACGGGUUUCCAGAUAUACUGCCAGUUAUUGAAGACAGAAGAUCAUAUACCUGGGAUUAGCUGCUAGGAAACAAGCAUUUUGCACCCAACAUAGCUGAGUUUGAUUAGCUGAGAGACCUGUCAAUCAAUACAGACAUGCUCCUAAAUACCUCUUUUGUAUCUUCUACAUGGAAAAAUCAUUUUCAGUAAUUUCACACAGACAUUAAAAUUCAAAUUAUCUACUGAAAACUGAAUUUUUUGAAAAAAUUGUAUUUACUUUUUGUUUUUCAGAUGUUUGUUCUUGAUCUUUGGGAACUAGAGAUGUUGAAGAGAUUCUAACCUCAAAGGUCCCUUUACUUUCUUAAGUUUAGGUGUCAUCAGGUGACAUGAAUGUCAACUUUUAGUUGUGAAUGGUACACAUCAUCGUUCAUUAUCAACUGGACCUUUGGCCUUCAAGCUUCUCUUCACCUCUUCUCUUGAUUUUGUGUUCUUACAAAACUUAUUUUCAUGUUCACUGUUCACUGCUCUGCUGGACCAACACUCACUGUGAUCUCUGAGGCUCUACGUGCUUUUUUUCUGAUCAAGAAUCCUUCACACACUUCUAAUUAGACUUCGUUGUUGGUGUCUAUUAAUUUUUGUUGAUGUCUGUUGAUGAUGAUGUGUAUUUUUUUUAUUGAUGUCUUGUCAGCAGGAUGCAGGGGAGGGAUCACUGUGUAGAGAUGAGAAUAAUAAAGAUGUAUUUAUUUUCAGUACA